AACAUAAAUACGAUUAUUAUUCGAUGACUCAAAAGAAAUUUCAUACAUUUUUUUCUUUUUUUAAAAAAAAAAAUAUCUAGAAGAACCGUCAAUCCAAAUACCGUUACGGUAUCUUACACCCAUCUAUCACAGCACAAUACCCCCCGUACCGUACGCAAUACGAUUCCUCCCCAACCCGCACGAAGCCCAUCUCAUUACCCUCAAAUCCCCCUGCUCAUCCCCCCACGGACAGCAAUACGGAAUAAGCUUGAGAUGCGCGGUCAAGCAGCAAUCAUUCCUGUCUGCUUCGCCGUCAUCUUUGGGGUCGUCAAUGGUUCCUCCUCCUCCCACUAAUAACCAACCCUUCUUACGGCCACUUGACAAAAGUCUCGGUGAAACGAAACUUCGCUUUGGCCAAGACUACCGGUACUCGAGUACUAGGGGGUAUUGCGCAAUUGGCGACCUGUGUGCAGGGGCCCUGUCAAAGAGGCAAAAGAGGGAACUUGUUUCACCAAGACUUUUGUCCAGUGGCGACAUUUUUUCUUCAGUUAUGAUGCUAACUUGUGGCGCAGGCAUAGCUAUUUUCCGGCCACUCGUCGUGGAACAAAGACUUAAGACAAUUCGAGAACAGUUAAUCCCCCAACCGCCGGGCUUGAUUACAACUGACAUAGAGUAGGAAUGGGAUUGUGGAUCAUGCGGCCGACGAGAUCCCAUCAUCCAAUGAUCAGAAGAAGCUACCGGUUCGUUUUGAGCUUGAAGCAAACAAAAUGCAGAAUAAGCAGGCGAAGGAAAUGGAGACCACGGGAGCGCCGAACCCGGCCCGAGAGACGGGAGACGAGGGGGAGACGAAGCCCGCGAAGGUUCCGACCAGUUGGUAUCAGUUUUGGCGGUGAGCAGUAGGGGCUGUAAUGCAUUACAUGAUCUAUUGAACGACAACAGUUGAAUCGGUAUCGCCCAUGGAGCCAGGGCUUUUGAGGAAAUAAUCUUGUCGAGCUCUUAGCUAGCAUCGCAAUUCCCAUGUUGCAUUGUAAAAGCAGCAAUCCACCCGGGCCUAAUCCCUUUCACGAUGCCGCCUAGACCGUCGCCUACUAUCAUCCCUUCUCAUUGGAGGAUCUAACCUCCUCCUUCUCCUCCGGGGCGACUCCGACCGCCGUCCACUCUCCCCACCACCCUCACUUCUUCCCCUGCGAGGCCUUCCUCGCGAGGGUGACCUCGAUCUUCUACUUCUCCUCCUCCUCUCCUUAUCACCUCGCUGCACAUAGCGUAACUUGUCUGCGCACUCCCCACAAACCCUCGCGGUGACGAGAGCAUGUUUCUUCUCCCCGUGCUCAACAUAUUCAAAAUUAAGUUCAACGCUUCGUAAGCCACCCUCUUCAUCGGGAUUCUCAUCCAGUGUGCUACGGUGAUUCCGACAUGAUAAAUUCGCACAGGAGAACUGGCCCUUUCCAUCGAGCACUUCCUGUUUGGUUCGCCAUCUCAUGGCAAUCUAGCAUAUCAAAUAUUAGCUCGAAAGAAGGUCCAAGUGGAAUUGGAAGCAGAGGAAACCUGUUUUUCUCGCCAUCUUGCCAGCUCUACCAUCGCAAACUCCUUGAAUAGUUUAUCAUAAUAGCUUUUUGCGAUCCUUUUUUCUUCCGUAUUCGCUUCUUCGUUGGUCCGGAUGAACUGGUGAUGAUCCUCCAAGAUGUCGCGUUCGUUUUUGUAUUUCGCCGGUGUGGGAACAGUUCCGCCGUAGUAAGAAACGUAAGCUGAGGCAGCUUGCAAAUGCCGAGCAUAGGCAGAUGUAGCACCGGAUGACUGAGCAAACGCUCUGCUUGUCGGAGACAUCGUGGUUCGGUGUGAGGAGAAGCUGUCCUCCUC